AUGGCAUCCACGAGCCAGUAUUUCGCGAUCCCUAGGGACCCAACUUCACCUGAGAUUGACAACUUCCUCGCCAGUCGAAUGGAUCGGCGGGACGAAAAGCGAAUCUCAUACUCCUUGAAUGACACCUCAGUCUGGCACAUCUUCUAUGUCUCCGAAGACAACGUCGUCAAGCAAAAGCAGAACAGCAACAGCACCAACAUCUGGCAGGACGGGCCACUCACCGAACUCAACCUCACCGCCUAUGAUGCGCCCAACGUCGGCCUCCUAGCGUGCUGGUACGGCAACUACUACGGCGACUCCGAUGCAUCCAAGUUCCCGACCCGCGACGGAAACAACAACACAAUUCCCUUCAACUCGUCAGCUCCAGUAGCGAGAUGGUGCAGCUAG